AUGGAUGCGGCGACGAUCGUGCUCUUGUCGCAGACGGACCACCAUCUAUUCGAGGUGGCGCACCCGCGCCUCGACGUCUUCGACUCGCCGCGCUGCACGCGCCUCGCCACGCAGGCGUGGACGGGCCGCCGCCUCGUCGCUCUCGCCGCCGCCUCGAUCGAAGCCCGCCUUUGUGAUCCGGACAUCGCGGCCGUUCAUUCCGGCUCCCACGUGGCACAGCGACCGUUGGGGUCCGACGUGGCGCGGGGCGCCAUUCCGAUCCGCUUGUGCGAGGACGCGUAUCCCGGGUGGAUAUCGGCUGCUGACGUGGCGGAAGGCGCCAUCCGUCGCUUGUCCAUUGGCUCAGAGAGUGAAACGCUAGAGGCAGGCGAUGCGGUGGAUAGGGACAGGCGGAAGGGCGGAGGAGGGGAGUGUGAAGGCGGAGGCACGGCAGAGAAUGGGGACAUGGGGGUGGGCGUGGGGGAAGAGGCGGACUUGGCGGGGGAGAGAGAGGCGGCGGUUGCAUUCGCGGAGGCGGCGAGGGCGGAGGGCGAUCGGUACCUGUGGGGCGGCACCACGGGGCCGCACUUCGACUGCAGCGGCCUCGGUGCGUGCCUCCCCUUGCCUCUCGCCUCGCCUCAUGGCGCCGCCCCACGCGCACAGCGCGGAGCGCAGAGCGCAGCUGCCUUGACUGCAGUGUGGUCGCAGCAGCAGGGCGGUAGCGAUGUGUGGCACAGCUGUAGCGCACCAUGCAAGCUGGCUGAGUGUGCGGCGAGUGCUCAUGCUGUGCGCUCUCAUUCGUCUGCCAUCGCCUGUGUGUAUCGUCGGGUGAGGGCCGUGGUUGCUUCUCCUGUGUGCACUGCCCUGCUAUGGCAUGCUGUGCUGCGGCUAUUCUGUGCUCAACUUCCAUGCCACUGCUUGCAGCAACUGCUCUUUCUUACGAAAGCUCGACUUUUUCUCGCCCUUCUCUUCUGGAUUUUUCUUCGUGGAUGCGCUGUGGCAUGGUGGGUGGGUGUGGUGGCAUGGUGGGUGCGGUGGCAUGGUGGGUGUGGUGGCAUGGUGGGUGUGGUGGCAUGGUGGGUGUGGUGGCAUGGUGGGUGUGGUGGCAUGGUGGGUGUGGUGGCAUGGUGGGUGUGGUGGCAUGGUGGGUGUGGUGGCAUGGUGGGUGUGGUGGCAUGGUGGGUGUGGUGGCAUGGUGGGUGUGGUGGCAUGGUGGCAUGCAGUGCAGCGAGCAUAUGCAUCGGCUGGAGUGUGGGUGCCGCGAGACGCCUUUCAGCAGGUCAGUGCGUCUGCUUCCACUCACGGGGAGGCACCUCCUCAUGGCCCUCAUCCUCCACGCCAUUCACCUUCCACACUGCGUGCUCAUCUUUGCUCUCAUCCGCCUUCCUUGCCUCACUCCGCACCCGUCUCUCCCUGCCAUGCCUGCAGGAGGCCUUCUGUGAGCCAGUCUGUGUGGACCGCAUCGCUCGAGGCGAUCUGGUACGCCAUCCCACUGCAACCCCUGCCUCUUCCCUCGCCUCUCACCUGUCCCCAUCUGUGACGUUUCUGCACAGCUCUGGGCGUGAUGACGGCCACAACGGCAUCGUCUCUGACUGCCUGCGCCUGCUGCUGCCCUGCCGUCCACGUCGCGCUCGUCUGUCGCGCGGCGAGGCACGUGUGUUGAUGGAGCAUGCCCAUGGCUCAAAUGACGCGUGCGUGUGCUGCCUUGGUAAGAGCAGCUGCUCGGGCGAGGGCUUGGGUGAGGAGCAAGAGCGCAUGAGUGCAGAGGGAGGCAGCAGGACGUGUGGGGCAGGCGAGGCAGGGGAGUGGAAGGUGGUGAAGCGGUGGCACGUGGGCAGCAGGGAGGAGGGGGAGCAGGGGGAGGAAGACAGCGGCCAGGCCACCGUGGAGGGCGGGCAGGGGCAACGGUGGCAGGGACGGAUGACGCUCGUGGCAACGCGCACUGCAGGCAGUGAGGACGCGGUUUUGACAGAGGGAGGGGAGGGCGCAGCAGAUUGGGGGAAGGGCGUGGAGGUGUGUGCGCAGGGCAGGGUGGCGCAGCACUAUGGUGCUCAGCUCAGGGGCUUCGGGCGUGUGCUGCACGCCCUGCCACCAUCGCUCGCCCACAUCCCCCCCCACCUCGUGCUGCCGCUUCAGGUGUAG